AUACUUCAUUGGAUUCUUCACAAAUCUGAUAUAUAAUUUCACAAUUGUUUGAUUAAGAGCUAGCUUAGCUUGGUUAUUCAUUGUUAAUAUUCACUGGACUAAUAAAGAAUAAUGUCAUCAGCCAACGGCUAUCACUUUAAUCCUCUGCAGCAGGCAAUCCACAAUUCGCCUCGAGGCAGCAGAUCGGGUGGACUAACCAAAUGCAUACCAAAGGUUGCUUCAGUACUAAACCAGAAUCCCAGAAAGUUGAAUCAAGAUUACUACAAGGAGAGGAUUCGAAAGAGGCUGUGUGAUGUUAAGCUGGAAGUUUCGCCGUCUGCGUAUGAUACGGCUUGGGUGGCGAUGGUGCCGGGGCUGGGGGAAUACUCCGGAAGGCCUAGGCCUCGUUUCGAGCAGUGCCUCCAAUGGGUAAUGGAAAAUCAGAAUUGGGAUGGCUCAUGGGGACUCAAUCCAGGUCACCCCUCCCUGGUUAAGGACUCGCUUUCAUGCACUUUGGCAUGCGUCCUCGCCCUCCGUACAUGGAACCUUGGCCACCGCCUUCUCCAAAGAGGUUUGGAUUAUAUUGGAUCAAAUGCUUGGGCUGCCUCUUCUGCUGAUCAGUUAUCUCCGAUUGGCUUUAAUAUCGUGUUCCCUGCCAUGGUUGAUCGUGCUCUCAAACUGGAUUUAACACUUCCAUUAAAGCCCACGUUGAUCGAUUCACUCCUUUUCGCUCGAGAUGCAGAAAUUAGGCUUUGUGGCAGCAAUGAUCACUUGGCCUAUGUUUCUGAAGGACUUGGGGACUAUUGUGAUUGGAAGCAGCUCUUCAAGCACCGAAGAAUUAAUGGUUCGUUGUUCAACUCUCCGGCCACCACUGCUGCUGCUCUGAUUCAAUGCCCUGAUGAUCAUAAAAGCAUUCAAUACUUGGCUACAGUUGUCGAAUCUUUUGAUGGAUGGGUACCGGCUGUCUAUCCUAUGCACAUACACGCUCAUCUCCGCCUUGUUGAUACCAUAGAAAGGUUGGGCGUCAAUCGCCAUUUCAGAGACGAGCUUCACAAUAUUCUUGAUGAAAUAUAUAGGGCUUGGCUGGCGAAAGAUGAGGGGAUAUUCUCUGAUAUCAGUUGUCUAGCCAUGGCAUUUCGACUGCUACGAACCAAUGGAUAUGAUGUCUCAUCAGAUGAAUUAGCUGCAUUUGUUGACGAAGACAAAUUCUUUGAGACAUGUGGAAUACAAAACACCGGUGUUGCGACAUGUCUGGAACUUUAUAGAGCUUCACAGAUGAGAAUAUAUGAAGAUGAACAGGUUUUGGAGAAGAUUCUUAUAUGGACUAGAGACUUUUUGAAGCAACAAGUGUUGGACCAAAACAUUCCUGACAAGAAACUAUGUGCAGAGGUGGAACAUGACUUGAAGAAUUUCUAUGGAAAACUCGAUCGAGUUAGUCAUAGACGAAGCAUCGAAUUAUGUGAGGUUGAAGAAUUUCAAAUGCUGAAAACGGCAUAUAGGUGCCGAACAAUUUUCAAUGAAGACCUUGCCAUGUUCGCAGCAAAAGACUUCAGAAUCUCCCAAGCAAAAUACCACAAAGAAUUAAAACAAGUGCAGAAGUGGUUCACUGACUGCAAUAUGGAUGGAAUGAAACAAUCGAGGGACACUUCGCUGGUUUCUUCAGCAUGUGCAGCUGGUGUGUUGUUUCCUGAGCCUGAAUUCGCCCAGGCUCGUAUAGGCUUUACUCAAUUCUUUGCUCUCGCAACUUUCAUUGAUGAUUUUAUCGAUAAUUAUGGGUCCAAGGAAGAGGCCAUCCGCCUUCUAGAAUUAUUCAGGAUGUAUGUUUUCCUUUCUUCCAUGUUAUGUUUCUUCUUUCAAAAUCUUACAGCAUCUGCCGCGUCGUUUGAUUGCAGCUGGGAUGAGCAGAAGCUGGACGGGAUCUCUGACAGCUCUAGAGAAGUAAAGAUAAUGUAUACUGCAUUAUGCAAAACCAUAGACGGACAAGCUGAAAUGGUUUAUGCCAUGCAAGGCCAUUGUAUUAAGCAUGACCUACACGAAAUGUGGAUUGAGUUUCUUAGCGAGCUUCUAAAUGAGAAGGGAUGGGGAGAGAAGAAGAUUACAACCAUGGAUCAAUACAUAUCCACUUCUUGUACAACUUUUGGCCUCAAAUUCUAUAUUCUCCUGGCAUAUUAUUUUCUAGGACACAAUAUGCCCGAGGGCUUAUUGGAAAGUCCCGAUUUCUAUACUAUGUUGCACCACGCAAGCUUGGUAGGUCGACUCCUCAACGACACCGUGACAUACAAGAGAGAACAGAAAGAAGGUGGCUUGAACUUCAUAUGCAUGCUCACGGCUGGAGGAACUGUCUCGGAGGAGGAAGCCAUUUCGAUGGCGCAGCAAAUGGCAGAAGACAGUCAGAGGAAAGUUUUGCAGAUGGUUUGUCUGAGUAAAGGAAACAUGGUUCCUAGAAGAUGUCAAGAAUUCUUUUGGGCGUUAUGUAAGAUGGGUAAUUGGCUCUACAACGAAGAUGGCGGCGAUCGAUUCUCAUCGAUGGAUAAAGUUGUCGACGAUAUCAACAAAUUGAUUUUGGAGCCACUCGAGCUUCCUCGUAUUGUUGAAAGUUGAAGGUGAUGAAGUUAUUAUGUUUAUAUAGUUGUAAAACUAGUUAUUUUGCGAGUUAAUUUGAAGAUAGAGAUUUGUUGGAGAAAUAAUCUGGACUGAAUGAAAAUACAAAGAAAUAAAAUUUUGCAAGGCAUACACUGUCUUGGAUAUACUUUGAGUCAG